UUCGAACCCUUCGUAGGGUUUUCCCUCGUCCUCCUCCCCUCCCACCCUCUCUCUCUCUUUCUCUCUCUCUCUCUCUCUGUGUGUGCAAAGAUUCGAGUCUGGAAUUUCUUCAAUUCAACGGUCAAAGUUAUCGGAACCAUGUACGCGUCGAGGGGGGCAAUGUUUGGGAGCGGGGGGGUUUCGGACGGGUACGAGAUCGGCUCAAAGAGACCAAGAAUGAUGGAAUCGAAUCCCUACUUCGCAGUGAGCAGCGGUUCAACUGGUUAUCAAUCCCAUGGCUAUGGCAGCAGAUUUGUUUCCUCUGCAUUUCCUGUGGUUCGUCUCAGGGGGCUUCCUUUCAACUGCACAGACAUUGACAUUUUCAAGUUCUUCACUGGGCUGGAUAUUGUGGAUGUGUUGCUGGCAAACAAGAAUGGGCGAUUCUCGGGGGAGGCUUUUGUCGUCUUUGCAGGACCCAUGCAGGCUGAGAUUGCUCUACAGAGAGAUCGCCAGAACAUGGGGCGGAGGUAUGUGGAAGUUUUCAGGUGCAAAAAGCAGGAUUAUUACCAUGCUGUAGCUGGGGAGGUGAAUUAUGAAGGAAUUUAUGACAAUGACUUCCAAGGGAGUCCCCCUCCAUCUCGAUCCAAGAAGUUUCAUGAUAAGGAUCAAAUGGAGUACACUGAGAUACUGAAGUUGCGUGGUCUCCCUUACUCUGCCACAAAAUCUGCUAUUGUAAAAUUUUUUGGGGACUUCAAGUUGGCAGAUGAUAAGAUACACAUUGCAUGUCGCCCAGAUGGAAAAGCUACUGGAGAGGCAUAUGUUGAGUUUGCUUCGGCUGAGGAGGCGAAGAAAGCAAUGUGCAAAGACAAGAAGAUGAUUGGGUCGCGAUAUGUGGAGCUAUUUCCUUCAACACCCGAUGAAGCCAGACGGGCCGAGUCAAGAUCACGGCAGUGAUGAGGCAUAGUGGCUAUAAUUAUGAGUGCUUGACUUGGGAUUCUGCCGGCUUAUAUCAGUUCCUCCUUUUCAAAACUCUUGUGAAUUUUCUGUUGUGUUACCAAAAUUUCACUUACUAUCUAAAUUUGAUUUUGAGAUUUAGGAUAUUUUGUUCCCAUGGGAAAACAUUUGACAGGCGCAGCUGAAAAUUGAAAAAUAUUCGAUAGUGCCAGUUCAACCUUCAUGGAUUGGUUGG